UGAGAGUCUGUAAUGAAAAGGCAAUGAAUUCAUAAUCAAAAAUAUCGUUUUAACGAUUAGGCUGUGUUCGUAUGAACCAGUAGACUUGGUUCUUCGGAAUUGAGAGAAUUUAUCAGUGUUUUUGAUCCAGAUCUUGAUAUGUACAUCUAGGUACAUAACAUUGGUAUCAGAUUCACGAUCCUGCUACCUGAUUCAUGAUGGGAGGAGGUGAUCCAACACUAUAGAAGGUUGCUGCUCAGCAACAACUUCAGGGUGAACGAUUAUCAGUGUUAGAAGAUCAUAUAAAAGAUAUUAACAUCAAAUUGAGUUCGAUCCAGGAAACUCUGAAUCAAAUACUGCUUCGUCUUCCAAUACCGGCUGUUUCAUAUUCAAAUUCACCACCAGAUCCAGGUUCUAUACAUGAAAGGUUCCAAUCAAGUUUUAAUUCUUACUAACUCAAAUAGAGAUUUCACAAUUCCUCAACCUGAGAAAACAACAUCAAUUCCUACUGGUGUUGAUGAAGAUUCUCUCGAUUUGGAAUUGAUCCCUCCAUUUUUCUUCAUCGAGAACGAAGAUGUGGAUUCGCUUCAUGGUGUGAGGUUACAAUUUGACGAAAUUGCAAAAAUAGAGAUCCAUGGCUUCUCCGAGUUAUCUCCAGUCACAACUGAAAGAUUAAAAGGUUUUGAGCUGCAGUUUUGCGUCAAAAUUUUUGAGGAGCGUUGCACAAAUCCUGCGUACUUGAAGAAGCUGUUCUUUCUUCACAACAAGUUACUUCGUAUGGAUUGUUUUGGUCUCCAUGUUGAUUAUACACGCUCCAUAUUCGAUCGAGAUGUUUGUUCACAGGCCUGAGAGGGAUAGAUUUUUGUUACUACUCUUGUUUGCUAGGGUCAUUACUAUUGAGAUUAGCUGUGAAGACCUUGCAAGCUCAAAGGUUAUAAUCGUCCUUGAUAACAAAUUGAACUGUAAGGAUUUUGUUCCUAUUCUUUUGUUACUAACCUUGCAGAGGGUAGAUUACACUCGUUCAUUAUUUGAUAGAGGCAAAGAGGUCGAUUUCAGUUUACAGACUUCUCGUUUUACUAAAUGUUCUAAAAUUAUGUCUGAAAUUGAUGUGUACUUGGAAUUAUUGAAUGGAUACUCUUAAUUUACUAGUGGAUGGGAAUUCAGUUUCGGUUUAACUACCUCUUGUUUGUUUGUUCUAGAUGUUUGUUCAAUUGUAAGGGAUGCAAACAAUGGGAAUUUUGUUUCUCUGCUGUUUUUUAGACAUGGGUUUCGAUUAUAUUCAUUCUCUAUGAAUUAUAUCUUAUUAGUGUUCACAACUGGUGAUCUUGGUGAUGUUUAUUUGUGGUGUUUUCAACUGCUUGAGAUGUAGAUAGUCGUACAUUUUAUUUUGCAGCAGAUGUAUGGUGGGUGUCAUGGGAUUUCAAUUCAUUCUCUCGGAUCAUUGGUAGUCAUUCAAAUUUAUUUAGAGAGUUUUGACCGUAUGUUUGAGUUUAUUACGUUUUAUAGCUUAACCUUACUUCUCCAUGGGUUCUUAUAUCUACAACCAUGUAGUCUCUUUCGUACUUUGCUGUGGAUUCAUACGGAUCAAGGUGACUGGAUUGUCCAGAUUGCUAGUGCUUGGUUUACCGACAUUGCUAGAACUUGUGAAAUUGUUGGACAGGUAUCUACGCAUAUGAUUCAAGUGGUCAGUUCAGCUGAUGAUUAUUCUUAUGCAAUUUUUCUGUUUGUGCUGAUUCCUAGCUUGGGGUAUCAAUCAUACAUUUCGACUGUACAUUUGAUUGUUUCUUUAUCUGUUCAUGCUGAUGCAAUUAUUUUUGAGAGGGAACUGAAUGUUACGGUGGCUACGAGAUAUGGAUAUUUGGGUAAUUUGGCUAAGGGUUUAGUGCGGCAAUCGCGUAUUAGUGAUAUUCUCACGGAACUUAAAUGUGGUGUGUUUAAUGCUAUAGCAUUCCUACUUGCUGACUGGUUGGAGGUUAACACAUGUGAACAAGAGUACAUAAAGGUUCUGCCAAACCCUUCGGAAGUAUACAUGUUAGUGGAUUCAUUCAAGUGGACAUUUAUUUUGUGUUCAAUCGGUUUCUGGACUGUUAGAAACACUACUUGGGUUGAUAUAGAUUUUGCUUCAGAUGUGUACCUUGCCGCCAGCUCUAUUUUGCGACCCACUACAUUACAGGGAAUUCCAACUUCUCAGCACAUUACCGCACCCUACGGGAGAUUUUCGACAAAUGAAAGCCUUGAUUAUGUACGUUUGCCUUCUACAUCUUUUCCUUCUGGCACAAUCGAUUUCAGCAAGGUAUACUUCUUCAAAUACAUAAUUCUGAUUGAUUUAAUACUGCUGAGUUUCUUCGCAUCAUAUUUGAUCGUGGUAAAGAAAUUUCACCUGUAGCAAGAGGUUCUGUUUUUGAUAGACAUCUUUCCAAAUUCUACUUUACUUCUUGUAUGAUUGUGAAUAAGAGGUUGUUUUUCACGGAUGCUUUUGCGAGCAAAUCUGUUGUUGAGAUGAUUUUGCAUUUUGGGUACCCUUUGAUUUUGUUCCUUGGAGUAUUGAUGUGCUUGAGUUUAUUAUAACUGGAGAAAGGUGUGCUACUAGUCCGUUGGUUAAUGAAAUGCUGCAGCCAGAUUAUAUUCUAUGGUCUAUUUUGAUACUACAACUGUCAAGGAAAAAUGGGGUUGGCAGUGCACCAGAACUGUAUGAUGGUUCUUCAACGCUCCCAGUUUCCAGCCAAGGGCUUUACUCCCUGUCAAUUUCGAGUGGAAUGGAGAAGCUACACCAGUCACUCUCACCCAAGGCCAAUGCGGAUAUGAAUAAGGGUGCUGGCAGUGGACAUGUUCUCGCGGCUAUUUUAUCUCCUUCACUCGCUAAUUUAAAAGCUACAGCCUCAGAUGCCUACCAUCAUGUACCUGCACAAGAGAGGCGACGUCUUGGCAACUCAGUUUACAUCCUUGAGGACAAGGAUGUUCCCAAGGAGUAGGGAAUGUCAUGUACCUGCACAAGAGAGAAGAGUGGCCCUUAUCAUAUUCAGGGUGGUAGUUAGUCUUUAAUAAUAAUUGUUGUUAGUGGUUAAUUAAAGAUGAUUAUUAGUUAACGAUUGUUUUAAUUGAUGGUCGGGAUGUAACCAUAUGUGAGGCGUCGAAACGUUAGAUCUAGUUGAGGGAAAUGGGGGAAAGCCUAGUUUUAAAGAGUGGGAGUCUGUAAUGGAAAAGGCAAUGAAUUCAUAAUCAGAAAUAUUGUUUUAACGAUUAGGCUAUGUUCGUAUGAACCAGUAGGCUUGGUUCUUCGAAA